AUGGAGGCUGCGACGGCCACCGCUUUUGUGGGUAGGAUCGCGCCGAAGCUCUUGGAGUUCUUAGCUGCAAAUCACAAGCUUCGACAGAACCUGGAGCACGACAUCACCUACAUCCAAAGAGAGUUUGCGUUAAUUUCUGCCGCCAUCCAGCAAGAUGAUGAGUGUCGCUGGAGGAGCGGCACCCUCGGCGACCAUGUGCAGAGGGCCUGGAUCCAAAUCAUACGUGACUUGGCGCAUGCCAUCGAGGACUGCAUCGACCGCUUCAUGCACCGGGUGACCAUCUCUGGGACGUCGACGUGGAUCCGUCAGGCUGUCUACCGGGUGCAGACGGUGACAGUACGGAAGGAGUUUGCCAAGGCGAUCCGUGAGCUCAAGAAAAUAUCACAAGAGUCAUCCAAGCUGAGAGAAACUUAUUACAACGCCAGUAUCGGUGCAGGCACCUUCCCGUCAGCAUCGUCGUCGGCAGUGGCAUCGGCACCUGAGACAACAACAGAGAUGGCCAUAGACGACACCGUUUCAGCUCGCAGCCCCGUGGGUAUGGACGCUCCCCGGGAUGAACUUCUGGAGCUGAUACAGCAGCAGCAGCAACAGCUUAAGGUGAUCUCUGUUGUUGGCUUUGAUGGCAUAGGCAAGACCCUCCUUGUCAGGCAUGUGUACCAGAGUAUGAUGAGCCAGUAUGAAGUAAGGGCUUGGGUUUGUGCAGCCAAUCAAAGGGGUGCAAGCGAUGUUGUCGAAGAGAUUCUUCGGCAACUUGGCAUCCCCACCACAUCCACCAAUGGUGGAGGUAACCUCAGCAAGUUCUGCCGAAUCCUCAGAUUGUGCCUUCAAACCAAGAGGUUCUUCAUCGUACUCGAUGACAUGAGGACAGAAUUUUGGCAUGAUAUUAAAGAUGCCUUUGUGGGGUUGAACGGCAGAGUUCUGGUGACAACGGCUAUUCAGUCAGUAGCAAAUGCCUGCAGCAGCUCAGCAGCCCAUGAUCAUGUGUAUGCAAUGAAAAGCCUUCCUGAUGGACACUCGAGGCAGUUGUUUUUCAAGGAAGCUUUCCAAGACGAUGAUCCGCCAAUCGGUAAAGAGGAUCAGCUUGGCUCGGAAGCACUGAAGAAGUGUGAUGGUUUACCCCUUGCUCUUGUUACUACAGCCCGGUACUUGCAAAGCACAGGUAAUCCGACGCGUGAAAACUGGGCAACAUUGUGCCACAACCUGGGAGCACACCUGGAAACGAAGGAGAUGUUAGCAAGAAUGAAGCGUGUACUUGUCCAAAGCUACACCAGCCUUGUUAAACACGAUGUCAAGACAUGCUUGCUAUGUCUAGGUAUCUACCCUAGUGGCCGUACAGUCAGGAGAGGAAGCUUGAUAAGGAAAUGGUGCGCUGAAGGGUUUAUCCCAGGAGAUUAUAUGUGUAAUGCUCUGGAUGCUGCUAUCGGCAAUUUCAAAGAGCUGCUCAACCGGAGCAUCAUCCAGCGUACAGAUGCCAGUAGCAAAAACAUCACAGAUCAGGUGAAGACAUACCAUACUCACGGCAUGAUGCUCGAGUUCAUCCUGCACAUGUCCAAGUGUGACAACUUCAUUACCUUGUUAUAUGAUCAGCUGGCCCCCCCACCCCCACCCAGUAAAAUCCGUUGGCUCUCCCUCCAUGAAGCAAGUGCCAGAGUGGCUAAUGAUCUAUCUCUUGUCCGAUCUCUGACAAUCUUCGGCAGGGCACAUGACUCUGUCUUGGAUUUCUCCAAAUAUGAACUGCUGCGGGUUUUGGAUCUAGAAGAAUGCGGUAACCACUUGGAGGACAAGCAUCUUAGGGAGAUAUGCAGCAACCUGUUAUUGCUCAGGUACCUAAGCCUUGGGGCCGCUAUUAAGGUUACGAUGCUCCCCAAAGAGAUUAAGAAGCUUCAACUUUUGGAGACGCUGGAUGUAAGAAGAACCAAGAUAGAGAUUCUGCCGACACAAGUUAUGGAGCUGCCAUGCCUGAUACAUCUGUUCGGAAAUUUCAAGCUCCAACAAGGUGUAGGAGGCCGGAGAAUGCACAAGCUACAGACUUGGCUCUCAGAGAAUAGCAAAUUGGAAACAGUAGCAGGAUUUGUUGUGGACAACAACAAGAGCCAAGGAUUUGCACAGCUCAUAGAGCAUAUGAAACACUUGACAAAAGUGAAAAUAUGGUGUCAGCAGUCCAGUAAUAAUAGUAAGGAUCCCCUUGCCAGUGGCGGCGGCAGCAGCAGCAACAACAACUGCACUCAUCUCUCAAAGGCCAUCAAGGGGUUCAUCAAGAGAAGCACCGACGUGAAAAAAGGUCAUUCACUCUCACUGAAUUUCAGUGAUGAAUGGUUCCAAGACUUGCUUGUGAGCUUGUCCCUAGAAAAAGAAGAAGCUUCCUCCUGCUAUCUUAGCUCGCUCAAGCUACAAGGGGGCAACAUAUGCAGCCUGCCUCCGUUUGUUACCAUGCUGGGUGGUCUCACUAAGCUGUUCCUUUCAUCCCCUGGUCAGCUGAGUGGGGAUAUUCUUGCUGCCCUGAGCAGGGUGCGUUGCUUGGCGUACCUGAAGCUAAUUGCAUCUCAACUGGACAAACUCACCAUCGUACAAGGUGCACUUGGAAGCCUGCAAUGCCUAUGCAUCAUGGUGGAAGUCAUGACUGAGCUGGAAGUCCAGGAGGGAGCUCUGCCACUCCUCGAGUCACUCCGGCUGCUAUGUACAGAUCUAAAUGGCUUUUGCAGCAUGACAAUCCAGUCCCUACGACGUAUUAAGGAGGUCACCCUCCAUGAUGGAGUAAGUGAUGAAACAAAGCACGAGUGGAAAGAAGCAGCAAAGAAACACCCCAGACGUCCCAAGCUCUUGUUUGUUAAGACAGUUGAAGAUGUUGAUAUGGGAUGUGAACCUACAUACAAUUCUGAGAUAAUACAAGUUGAUGGUGAUGACCUGCAACAGGAUGAUGAUGAGAAAGAAGAUACAGAUAAAAUUAAUAUCCUAGAGGAUUUUGCUAGCAAGACUUGUCUGGACCCUCCGAUGAACAAGGAAAGUUUUGAACAGGGGAUGGAAGGAAUGGUAGGUUUAGAGGAUGAGCGGAUGGAAGAUGUCACUCGGUCUACUGAUCAAAAUGAUGUACUUUUAGUGGUGGGUGAGAACAGAAGAAAGAGGGCAAGGUUGGACAUUGGUGAAGACAACUCAAUGGACAAGGUUGUUGAUAGGGUGAAGCGCAAGAACCCAGAGGAUGUAAAUAAAUCUAUUCAAGUGAUUAGAGAUUCAUAA